CAGAGAGAGAGCUCUCUUCUUCUUCUUCUUCUCCCCGACCCCGUCUUCCCUCUUUCUAACAGCAGCACAGAAUUCAAGGCCACCCGCCAAUACUCCAUUACUCUCUCCCUCUCUCUCUUCAGUCUCGUUGUCCGGAGCCAAUUCCUCUGCGCUCCGUUUUUCGCGCUAUACAGAAAAUCUCGACCAAUAACAGCAAUAAGACGAAAAAACAAAUUGCAAAAAAAAAAAAAAGAAAUUGAUAAGUCAAAGCGCCACCGUUGAUCCCAUCCUUUCAAAUUCCGGCCACUUUCGCCGCCGUCACUCCUUUACCCUACACUUCUUCUUUUUAACCUUUCCGCCGUUCUCACUGAUCGAUUCAACGCGUGAUACAGUCAGUCGAGUACUUUUCCGCUUUCCUUCCGAUUAUUUUACUCUUCUUAUAAUUAUUAUCCUAGUCUGCAGAAUCCCGUUACGCACAGUUUGGUUGAUGAGAAAGUCAAUGUUUGGUUGCUGAGCCUGAGAAGGAAAAAAGAAAAAUCAAUUCUGAUUCCGCGCUCUAUCGAAUAAUCUGACGUACGGAAGUCGGAGAUGGACAGUCUCAGGACUCCGUUCAGAGGGAUACUCGACGAUCUGCGAGGCAGAGCCGAGUGCUACAAGGAUGAUUGGACCAGUGCCAUUCGCGCCGGCGUCAGGAUUCUGGCUCCGACUUGUUACAUCUUCUUCGCCUCGGCUCUUCCCGUGAUUGCCUUCGGCGAGCAAUUGAAUCGAGAUACCGACGGCAGCCUGAGCACGGUGGAGACUCUGGCCUCGACGGCGCUUGCCGGGCUAAUCCACUCGAUUUUUGGAGGGCAGCCGCUGUUGAUACUAGGUGUAGCUGAACCGACGGUCAUAAUGUACACUUACUUGUACAGCUUCAGCCAAGGCCGGCCAGAGAUUGGCCGCAAGUUAUAUUUAGCAUGGGCCGGAUGGGUUUGUGUUUGGACGGCAAUCAUGCUGUGUCUACUCGCGAUUUUCAAUGCGGGCAACAUCAUCAACAGAUUCACCAGGGUUGCAGGGGAGAUGUUUGGGAUGUUGAUUGCAGUUCUCUUCAUUCAAGAGGCCAUUAAGGGGUUGGUUACUGAAUUCAAUGUCCCAAAUUCCGAAAACCCGAAAGCAGAAGAGUUCCAGUUCCAGUGGCUAUAUGCAAAUGGCUUGCUUGCUGUCAUUUUCGCCGCUGGCGUUCUCUGGACUUCCCUCAAGACAAGAAAAGCAAGAGCUUGGAGAUAUGGUUCAGGGGGACUUCGAAGCUUUAUUGCAGACUAUGGCGUUCCUCUAAUGGUGGUGCUAUGGUCGGUAUUAUCUUAUGCUAUACCCAAAAAAGUUCCUCAUGGCGUUCCAAGGAGGCUGUUUAUUCCACUUCUUUGGGAGUCACAGUCGUUGCAACACUGGACAGUGAUCACGGAUAUGGGGAAGGUACCAGUGGGAUACAUCUUUGCUGCCAUAGUGCCGGCCAUUAUGAUCGCUGGCUUGUACUUCUUCGAUCACAGCGUAGCAUCGCAGCUGGCACAGCAGCCAGAAUUCAAUCUCAAGAAACCAUCUGCUUACCAUUACGAUAUCUUGUUGUUGGGAAUCGUGACUUUGAUGAGUGGAUUGCUGGGGCUUCCUCCUUCGAACGGUGUCCUUCCUCAAUCUCCUAUGCACACCAAAAGCCUUGCAGUUCUAAAGAAGCAGUUGAUCCGAAAGAAGAUGGUGAAAGGGGCCAAGGAAGUCAUGGACCGCAAGGGAAGCACUUCUGAAAUUUACGGGAAAAUGCAGGAUGUUUUCAUACAAAUGGAUAGAUCUCCAGCAGUAAGUUACCACACUGCAUCAGUAAGUAGAGAGCUGGAGGACUUGAAAGAAGCAGUGAUGAGAAGUGACGAUGAAGGAGGCGAUACAAAGGGAAAGUUCGAUCCAGAGAAGUGCAUCGACGCACACUUGCCCGUCAGAGUCAACGAGCAAAGGCUCAGCAACUUGCUACAAUCAAUCCUGGUGGGAAUCUCAAUGUGUGCUAUACCACUAAUCAAGAUGAUGCCCACUUCAGUCCUGUGGGGAUACUUCGCCUACAUGGCCAUCGACAGUCUUCCAGGAAACCAGUUCUGGGAAAGGAUGUUGAUGCUCUUCGUUGCCCCUAGCCGUCGCCACAAGAUCUUGGAAGGUUUCCAUGCAUCGUUUGUGGAGUCAGUGCCGUUUAAGGCCAUUGCUAAGUUCACUUUGCUGCAAUUCGUUUACUUUCUCAUGUGCUUUGGGAUCACUUGGAUUCCCAUAGCUGGGAUUCUCUUCCCUCUGCCUUUCUUCAUCCUAAUCCUCAUCAGACAACACAUGCUCCCCAAGAUAUUCCAGCAAGACCAUCUCCAAGAACUCGAUGCCGCGGAGUACGAAGAGAUCUCCGGCGCUCCCAAGAGAAACCUCAUGGAAAUGGAUUCAGGGGAGAUCAGGCGGAACGAGCACGACGAGGACUUCUUCGACGCGGAGAUACUCGAUGAGAUGACUACGCAUAGGGGAGAGUUGAAGCAUCGAUCUCGUAGCGUGAGGGAGGAGAGGGUAUUCCAGGUCCAUCCAGCAGCAGGAACAGGUGAAGGGAGCGGCGGGCCAAGACAGGUGUGAAGCAGAGUUAUAACAUGGUGUCGAGACCUGAUAUAUAGAAAGCAUAUAUAGCUGAAAUAAAGGGAGCUCUGUUCAUUCUAUCAUAUGAUGACGAUGAUGAUGAUGAUGGCGACCAUUAUUACUCAGUAGAUGCAAAACAACAAAGCUCGGAGAAGCAGAGAGUUAAGUUUCUUUCUGCCUUGGAUUUCAAGUGUUGCAUAGAGAAUUGAGAUUACCACAAGCUAGCUGUUGGUAUAUGUUCUGAAUGUUGGGGGAAGAGAGCGAGUUUCACUUUCAGAUGGUUUGGUAUUAAUAUCUUCGAAGAGGAGCAGUUGGUGAAGAAGAAAUAGAGAAUUCUAGUUAGUAGAACUGAUUAGAAGUUUGAAGUUAUAUAUGCAGUUGUUUUGAAUUUUGAUGGAUGCCAAAAGUGUCAAAAGCAUUGCAUAUACCUAUUUAAGGUAUUUUCCCUUCUAUUAGUAUUCAGUACCGUACAGACUGCCUCCUCCCGUCACUGAUAAUAGGUCUCUGGAGAAAUAAGCAU